UUUAUGCAAUGGAAGUUUCACUACAUAUGAUACAGACCUUAUCAGUUUUAAAGUUACCGUGCUUCAAACUUUAGAUAGUGGAUAUGCGAUUGUGUACACCAAUAGGUCAUUUACGAGUUCAAGAUUAUAUGCUAUAAAAUUGAAAAAUUAUAAAAUAAAAGCUACAACUUCUCAAAUUCCGUUUAAUAUAACUACUCUAUUCUCAACCACAUUAGCUCAACCUACUACUAACGCAAUGCACGGAUGUCAUUUGAAAAUGCAUUUACUCUCCAAUGGAUCUGUGUUUGCAGCAGAUGAAGUAGUAUUCCAUGAAAAUUCAGCAAAUAUUAGAACAUCGCCUCUUGGAGGAUACGCGUUAAUAUUGCAGCAACAGUCCGGAUCUAUUAUAAAUUUCAACAUCAAUCUUUACAAUGAAAGCAGUCAAUUAUUUGAUUAUAAAUUUCCACUGAAUCAUACUAUCUUAAAUUCACUUGGUGCACUAGAUAUAUUGCAAAAUAAUACGAUGCUG